AUGUCGAACAUUCCAGAUCUCACAAAGCCUUCAACGGCAUCACUAAGACCAGUUAUCUUCAUUGAUGAAGUGGCAAAAGAGCCAAUUGUUGCCUACUCAAAUGAAUCAACUGCAAUGCAGCAUGUGCCAUUAACAGGUGGUUUUGUGAAGUCAUUGGAUGAGAAGAACUUUCCUUUUGAUGCAGUCAUUGAAGAAGGUGGUGAUGACAUCACUUUCAAGGAGGGCAUUCCUAACAUUGGACAUUUGGAUUGUAACUUGUACUUGAGAUUCAAAGACGACCCAAAAAAGAGAGCAUACGUGAACUAUUCCGGUAUUGUUCACAUGGAUGGGGCCUCUGGAGAGAUUGUGGGUAAGCAGAAGUCAACUAUGACUUUUGAGGAAGGUUAUGUCACCUGUCAUCCUCAAUUUUACAUUAGUGCGGAUUGCAAGAAGGAAAGAUGGGUUGAUAGCAAGAAUUUCUUGGGCAAGGGUAGAUUCCUUAGAGAUGAAAAUGGUGUUCUCAAGGUUCAAUACUGGCUUUAUGCCUUAGAGUAA